AUGGAUAGUGGAUAUGCUGAUGUAAACACAUUCAUUCUCUAUUUAUCUGAUGUUUUCAAUACUGGACUGACUGAUUUUGAACUUCAUUACCAUGACUUUAAUCGGGAAGACAAUGAGAAAAUAAUCGAUUUUUACUUUCGCAAUUCCGAAAACAAGAAAUCAGUGCGAUCAUUAUCUCUGGUUGGAGCACAUCCAAAUACUUCAGAAGAUGAUGAGCUUAUUGAUUUAAUUCUUUGUCGUCAAGAUGCCAGUUGUAGAUUGAAGCUCUCCAUGGAACACACCUCUAACUUCAAAUUCAAAACUGAAUACUUUCGAAACACGCCAAUAUUAGUGGAACUCCACGAUUCUUCCUGGAUAAGUUUCGAUCAAUUUCUUGAAAUGGAAUCUUAUACUAUCGCCUUGUAUCGCUCGACAUUCAAAAUCCCUCAUUUCAAGUUAUUGAUUGAAAAAUGGAACAGUGGAUGGACACCUAAAUGGAGAGUGAUAAUGGUGGAAUCUAGUGAGGAAGUGAACAUUGACGAGUGUGUCAGCGAAUUGGUUGCUUUGGGACGUUUCUCCGAAGUUCAAGUAGAAAGAUCUGAAGUCAAAGAUGAAUAUUCUGAUGGAGAAGUAUCACAAAGAAUCAUUUACAAGAUUCACCGAUCAGAUAAAGCAGUUGGGCAGAUCAUUGUGGAGAACAGUUUUAUGUUUUCGUUGUAUGUCAUGAUUGAUUCUGAGAAAAACUCGCGAUUGUACCCACAAUUGUUCUUGUCAUGA